GACGUCUUCCGCCCGCACCGCCGCCAUUUAUAUCUCACCGCCAUUUUACAUCAACUCAGAAGAGAUAAGAUUACGAAGAUGACGGCUCAAAUGGAAAAUCAACUUUGCAAGCUCUUUGUCGGCGGGCUCAACGUCCAAACCACCGACGAUGGGCUGCGAGAACAUUUUGAGCAGUACGGGAAGCUCACGGACUGCGUGGUGGUGCAGAACCAGCAGCUGAAGCGCUCGCGUUGCUUCGGUUUCGUGACCUACUCGAGCCCGGAGGAGGCAGACGCGGCCAUGUCGGCCCGACCUCAUGUUCUGGACGGCAACAACGUUGAGCUUAAGAGGGCCGUUGCGCGAGAAGAUGCGGGCAAGCCCGAGGCUCUCGCGAAAGUGAAGAAGAUAUUCAUCGGUGGUCUUAAAGACGACAUCGAGGAGGAUCACCUCCGUGACUGCUUCUCCCAGUUCGGCGCGGUGGAGAAGGCGGAGGUGAUCACAGACAAAGAGACCGGCAAGAAGCGCGGCUUCGGCUUUGUGUAUUUCGAAGAUAACGACUCGGCUGAUAAAGCCGUGGUGCUCAAGUAUCACAUGAUUAACGGGCAUAAAGUGGAAGUGAAGAAAGCCCUGACCAAGCAGGAGAUGCAGGCUGCUGGUAGUCGCGGUGGCCGCGGAGGCCGAGGAGGUGGACGGGGGAUGGGCAGACCGCAGAACGGCUACGGCGGGCGCGGCGGAGGAUACGGCAACUACGGCGGCGGCGGCUACGGGGGCAACGACGGCUAUGGAGGCGGAUACGGUGGCGGGUAUGGGGGAGGCUACGGGGACCAAAUGGAGAGCUACGGCGGUGGUAACGGCUACAGUGACUUUGGCAGCGGCUAUGGUCAGCAGUCCUCUGGCUAUGGCCCAAUGAAAGGUAAUUACUCGGGCAGAAGCAACGCUCCUUACUCCCGAGGUGGUGGUGGUGGUGGUUACGGCAGGGGGGGUUACGGAGGCUCGUAUUAGGAGCGUUGAUUAGGUCUCGUAUUAAGAGCAGCUCCUUCCCCAGCCCACAUCACAGUUUUGACCACACAUUAUCUUCAGCUAAGUAGCCAGAGUUAGCCACCUUAAUAUGGCGUGGCAUUGACUGAAUCACCCAAGCUCCAUUCAGGAGGUCACAACUUAUCCAGCCUAGCAAAUCAUAGGUAGGGCUCACCUAUCCGACUUUGCUCAACAUCUUACAGCUGUUACUACUACUACUACACAUCCUUUUGCUCUCUUCCCUGAAUUAAUAGGGAGUUUUUUUUUUCAGCAAGACAUAGGACUACUACUCUGGAUCUCUACUUAUUAUAAGACUGGCUGGCUAUAAGGUGGCAGGCUAUACCUGUUUGCGAAACUGUUUCCCAUGCGUUUUUGUUUUUUUGGUGCAUUGGGAUUAAGUUAAAAUUAGUAUUUUUGCUUGUUAGUGUUGGCAUGUUUUUCUCCUUUUAGCAUAUGUAUUGUAUCUUUAUUGUGUCUGUUUUCUUCUAUUCUAGACUUAUAUAAAUCUGGUUUAAAUUUAGUCAAUCGCAGUGAACCCCUGUUGAGAUUAAAGAUUUAAUUGGUUGGCAACGGGUACUAUCUGCACAUCAUGUGAGUGCAACUCGACGUAAAAUGCUUAAAAAAUUAAUUUCUAGUGACAAACGACAAUAACUAUGAUUCUGUAAAAGAAAAAUAAACCCCUCCACAGCCAAAGAAUUGAAACGUGCUUGUAAAAACACUAGCACCGCCUACUCCCAUGAGGUAUAGCAAAUGACUUAAUAAUCGUUCUCAAACUACUUAAAUAUAAUGUAAAAAAAAUAUUACACGACAUUAAAUCAAUAUUUUUUAGCUAUUUAUUUUUAGUAGUUUUUCUACUCAUAGCAGUUACCUUGUUUUUGUACCUUUUUUGUCUGAUUUUCAAAUACUUUUUUACUUCAAAGUUUGCAAUAAUAUGAUUUACCUUGGUGGUUGAUUUGGUUUAUGGUUAAAAACAUUUAAAUGAGGACUUCUUAUAAAUGGGGGGAAAUAUUUCUGGAAAUAUGGCCACUGAAAAAGUGGAGGUUCAUAAAGGACUCGCUGUGGAGUCUGUUGCCAACCAAUUAAAGAUUUAACUUUAUUUAAUUAGGCUCGAUGGCAACUAGAAGUUGUUCGUCCUAACAUAAGAAACGUUUCGGAAUAAACAGACUUCUGUGGCGUUUCAGACAAAACUGUUAAAUGGACUAGUUUCAAAUGUUCAGGCUAACUUAAACUCCUCAAUAUUCGUUAUUAUAGUGACUAACGUGUCUCUCCCAAUUAGUGUCUUUUGUUAAAUAGUUAAAGCAAACUGAAAAUGUUGUCAUUGGUGUUACAGUGAACCUUUCUGAUGGGACUCUGAAGACAGAUUUGAGUUGUUUUUCUACAGUUUAAUCAUUUAGUAAAGGACUUUAAUGUUCUUGUCUCAUUGUAUUACUGCUUCAACGGAAUAACCUAUUGAAUAUUGUUUAUUUCAGAUACAACUGAACUGUAUGUACUUCUGUUAAUAAAAACCAUUACUCCGUAGCCAUUAUGGUUCUUGACGAGCUGAGAUUUAUUGGGUGGUUUUGACGUACGAGGCCCGUUUAGUGAUUUGUCUUUCCAACUAGGUAAGACUAAAAUUGGAGGUGCACCUAUUGGCUCUAGUGCUCAACAUUACAUUUCUUUGCAUCAGACAUGUGGGGAUGUUAAUAUUUUCCCAACCUUAUGUUGUCUUUAUUCUUAAAAUAUGUUUAGAGCUUUGUUCCAAUACUUUUAGUGAUCAAAUAAGAUGGAUCUAUACCUUAGCUGUGUCCACUACUACGUCAUUGGAUUCUCCAGGGGUACUCCAGAGAUGUAGAAACCCAGCUGAAAAUCCAUAGGAUAAUCGCACCAGGUUUCCAGGUUUGUAGAAAUACUUUAUACACAAGACAUUACAUCAGGUGUGUCUUUAACAUACUUCGAAUCCACCUGGAAGAAAAUCAGGUAUUUGUGAGUCGUUAAAGUAAAGCGUGCAUGCACAAUUUCAGCAUUUCCUAAAUGCUAGCUGUGAAUAGCAUUAACUUGCGGUGAUCAUGUAACAGAGAAAAAGUGGCAAUUAGAACAUACUCUGUAGUUAAAUGUGUGUGACGCUGUGGUGAUUGUGGUCUAUGUAGUUAUGUGUUAAUCCAAUAUUUUAGCCGAUUUCCAGUUUAAGGUCAAACCGGAGAAUGGAGCUUAUAGUUCCUGUUUACUUGAUGCAUUAGUUCCAGAUAUUAAUGACAUCAAAUGCAAAGGAGAUCAGCAUUUAUUAAGCAAGGUUUGUGCUUUCAGUUAUUUACUUUACAUCUUAUCAAUCCCCCUCCCCUCCUCAUCUCGGUGUUUUGCUCGUGUUUUGUCCUACAUUUCUGGGACUCUUAAAGAGGACAGUGGAUAUUAUUGAUAAUUCAGUGAGACUAGUGACGAUUCAACAGUAAAACAACUUGACAUUGGCUUUAACAAGUGAGAUCUGCUACUCUCAUUCUUAAAGCACAGCUCCUUCAUAGACACUCCUUAAAGACAAUACGUGUAAAUCUGAUGGGGUUGUGUAAUAGAUUGACAGUAGACAGAAAUGUUUCAUGACACUGUUUGUUGACUUGACGCUUACAUGCAUCUGCAUCUGUCUUUUUUUCCCACAGAGGGUAUGCAAUGGAAGGAUUUAAAUAAAAUCUCACUUCCAAGUGUGGCCGCUUGAUGAACCUCUUCCGUGGCUGUGAAUCCAGUUGUUUCGAAAAAUGGAAGAACUCCAGUCAGUUUGUCUAGCAGAGUUUGCAUAUGAACGCAUAUGCUAGAUUCAUGUGGAAGAUGCCUAUGUCGAGGAAAGAUGCCUUUGGCCUGUUGCCAAGAUGAUGCCAUGAUAGUACCUGGAGGGCGGCUUCACCUGAUCCUUUGACUGCAGUUGAAUCAAAUGCGAACAGUGGUUGGAAUCAUUGUACAUGUGCAUAUGAGCAGGAAUCAACCUGGCAUUGAAUGUCUGAUAUGAGUUAAAUAAUAAAAAAAUAUUAACUGGA